UUUUAUAUCAAGAUAUAAUAAAACUACAAAACUAUUCUUUAUGAUGAAUAGUAGUAGUAAAUAUACACAGUCUAACCCCUCUACACAAUCUAACCCCUCUACACAAUCUAACCCUAGUACACAAUCUAACCCUAGUACACAAUCUAACUCUACUACAUAGUUCAUUAAACUAUAACUUAUAAUUAAACAGUUUUGUCCUUGAGAUUGUUAAUUACGUCAAGCGGGAUGAAAACGGUACAGUUUUUUCUAUAAAAUGUUUGCAAAUAACAAGAAAAGUUCAUUUUUUCUUAAACCUCGUUUCAAAAUGGAUGAACAAAGUCAAACCCUUAUACCUUUUGCUCAGUUGUUACUAGAUGUUACUCAACUUUAUCCCUUAAACGUAUUAUCAGCGGAUUUGAUAAGACAAAAUGCGGAUAGUGAUGAACCUGACACAUACAAUCUACAAAUACAAGAUAUUAGUACAUCAGUUACUUCAUCGUAUGAGUUUAGUUGCUCUUCGUGGGAUAUUGAAGCUCAACACCCCGAAUAUAUCACAUUAACAAGUCGUCUAUCAACUUUCACAAACUGGACUAGUGAGAGUAUAUCGGCACCUGAAUUAGCAAAAGCUGGUUUUCUGUUCGCAGGGCAAACAGAUACUGUUGUUUGUUUUCACUGUGGCAUUCACAUUCGUAAUUGGAUUCCAGAGGAUGAUGCUUGGAUAGCACAUGCCAUUUGUGCUCCUUGGUGCACUUAUUUGUAUCUCAAGUGUGGAAUUAGUUUUAUUAGAUCAUGUUUAAAAGUCCAACCAAUUAAAAGAUCUGAUACACCUUUGCUAGAACCAUCAAACGCUAGAUAUGUUUGUAAAGUUUGUCUUGAAAAAGAAGUAGGAGUUUGCUUUUACCCCUGUGAGCACACUGUUACAUGUAUUGAUUGUGCACCAGGUAUCGCUUCAUGUCCUAUUUGUCGUGCGAAAAUAACAGGAGUAUUUAAACUGAAAUUCAUUGACUAGCCGUCAUUCAUAAUGAAGUACUUACAUGAGAAUUGUUUAAUAGUUAACAUUGUGACAUCAUUUACAUUGGACAGCAAACUAACAAGGGAAAAAAUUAAAGAAACAUUUCAAUAUAUAAAAUAUCCUAAACGUUUUUCAGGUGGAAUAUUGAAAUAUCCCGAUGGUUGUCUUCUAAUAUUUGAUUCCGGAAAGAUAAAUGUAACAGGAGUUCAAAAUUUUGCAACAUCAAUGGUUCUAGUUGAUCGUUUUUGUUCAAAUUAUCCUGAUGAUAUUAAGUUUAUUACAUAUAAAAUAGUAAAUAUUACAGUUUGUUCACAAAUUGUCGGUGAAUUUGACUAUAAAAAGGUAUUACAGCACCCCGGAUCCUCCUAUGAACCGGAAAUUUUUCCAGGUAUUCACUUAAAACUUGAUAAAUCAAAGGUUAUUUAUAUAAUAUUCAGGACAGGAAAAGUUAUAAUAACUGGUUUAAAAGAUUUAUCAUCUAUUCGAGACUAUUGUAAUCUAUUUGACUAUGAAAUUAGAAUGAAAUUUAUAUAAAGAUGAUACUAUUGUUGAUAAUCUAUCAAAUCAUCGACAUCAUGACUCAAGGAGAAGACGCCAAAAUCUGGUACAAGAAAGUACUUUUUUCUGUUCAAAUAAUUGUUUUGAUUGCAAUGUUGAUAGUCGCUAUUGCAAACAUCAUCUUAAAAACUGGUAAUCUUCCAUUGUGGACAG